UUCUCAAUCAAUCUCACCACAGCACCCCGAUGCUCACGCGGAUCCGAUAGCACCCUCCACCACCAUGUCCUCCCUCAAGAGCUUGCAGGACGCCUUUGAGAAGAUCAUCCUCGACCCUCGCUACCACGACCCGCUCGUCCUCGUCAAAGCCAUCCGCAAUGGCGCAGUCUACGGCACCAAAGUCCGCUUCCCUCACGCUCUCGUCAUGAUCUUCCUCUUCCGCUCCGGCACCUUGCGAGAAAAAGCCCGCCUCGUCUUCAAUGCGACCCGACAACACGCCAGCAAUCUCGCACGCUUCGCUUUCCUCUACAAAGGCAGUAUGCUCGCCCUACGUAAGACCAACGGCGGCAAGGAAGUCGGCGCGCACCAUUUCCUCGCCGGCCUGUUCGGUGGAUACUGGGUGUUUGGUCAAUCCGCCAACAGCGUCAACCAGCAGAUCGUCAUCUACGUGUUCGCGCGUGUGGUGCUGGCGUUGGCGAAGCUGGCGGUCCAACCACCCGGGGAUAACAGCCUGGUCGGCAGCCACUACGGCGGACGCGGCGGGAUCGGCAUCUUCAAGCUCACACCUGAGCAGGCCGCGACGAUACGGAAGUACAGCUGGCCGGCAUUUGCAAGUUUGAGUUGGGCGAGCGUCAUGUGGCUGUUUGAGAGCUAUCCGGAAACGCUGCAGAACAGUCUGCGGAGCAGCAUGUACUACAUAUACGCGAAUUCGGAAAAAUGGGACAGCUCCCGCAACUUCUUGCUGCACAAUAAAUGA